AUGCAGCUGACUUCGAUUGCUGCCAUCGGUGCCUUCGCUACCGCGGCGGCUGCCGUCAACCUUGAGCGCGGAUUCACUUAUCCUGCCAGUGUUCCGCAUGUAGAGAAGCGCCAGACCAGUGGUCCCAAGUACGAGUGCCACUCCAACUGCGGUUAUGCCCUCCAAGCUGUCGAGGACGGCGAUGAGGUCUGCAACGACAAGGAGUGGAACACGCUGUAUCAGGGUUGCCUCGACUGCGCGCUCGAGUUCGACAUUUGGCGCUACUAUGGCGGUGGCCUGACCCCAGCUGCCAAGGCAUGUGGCCUCUCCACCACGCCUACGCCCGCUGACGGCGGCGAUGUCGAUGAACCAGCAUCGACGACCACGGCUCAGUCUGCUACAGCUGUUCCUGUGUCAAGCACCACUUCUGAGGAGCAGGCCACAACCACUGUCAUUGAGGAGGUUGUUACCAUUACUGCCGUAUCCUCUGAGCCCAGCCAGACGGGCGACUCCGCCCAUGUCGACGACCAUGUAACCGAUGUCGACCACGGCCACUCUGAAACCCCUGCUUGGAGCACGACCCAACUCCCUGCCACCACUAGCCAGAACAAUGGCACCACUCCUGAGCCCACCAACGUGCCCGGUGCCGCUGCCCAGUUCUGGCUCUCCAAUGUCGUCGUUGGUGGUGCCGCCGUUGUCAUCGCGGCCAACCUUCUGUAA